CGCCUGUCCCCGGUCCGGGAGGGGCCGCCCGGGGCCCGGCGGCCGCGGAGAGAUGAGCGGCAGCAGCGCUAAGAGGGCUCCCACCACGGCCACGCAGCGGCUGAAGCAGGAUUACCUGAGGAUCAAAAAGGAUCCCGUGCCUUACAUCUGCGCUGAGCCCUUGCCCUCCAACAUCCUGGAAUGGCACUACGUGGUGCGAGGGCCUGAGCUGACCCCAUAUGAAGGUGGAUAUUACCACGGAAAAUUAAUAUUCCCUCGAGAAUUCCCGUUCAAGCCCCCCAGUAUUUAUAUGAUCACCCCCAAUGGAAGGUUCAAGUGCAACACGAGGCUGUGUCUGUCCAUCACGGAUUUCCACCCGGACACCUGGAACCCAGCGUGGUCCGUGUCCACCAUCCUGACGGGGCUGCUGAGCUUCAUGGUGGAGAAGGGGCCCACCCUGGGCAGCAUCGAGACCUCCGAGUUCACCAAAAGGCAGCUGGCUGCACAGAGCUUAGCAUUUAAUUUAAAAGAUAAAGUCUUCUGUGAGCUCUUCCCUGAAGUGGUGGAGGAGAUGAAGCAGAAGCAGAAAGCCCAGGAGGAGCUGAGCUCCAGACCUGCGGCGCUGCCCCUGCCCGACGUGGUGCCGGACGGGGACGCGCUCCUGGGGCACAACGGGCACCCCCUGGGCGCCGGGCCCGCGGCCGCGCCGCCCGGCCACGCCGGGGGGCUGCAGCAGCCCCCCAGGAACCACGGACUCUUGGGGGGGGCCCUGGCGAACUUGUUUGUCAUCGUGGGCUUCGCCGCCUUCGCCUACACAGUCAAGUACGUGCUGAGGAGCAUAGCCCAGGAGUGACGUCCCGCAGGAGACCAAAUUCUACUGGGGUCUGGGGGGGAUUCGGGCUCUUCGGGGGCGGUUCUGGGGUGGUUUUGGCCUUCCCGGGUGGAAUUGUGGUGGAGUUGUGGGUUGGGAAUCAAAGCGUUCUUCGGGAUCCACCUUGGUUUGUAGAGUUCUCCUCCAUCUGUGGUUUGAACAUCGAAGAUCUCCAGCAAAUUUUGACUCGUUGAGUUUUCUCUCCAAGAGGAGUGGGACACUUCGGAAUGGCACGCUUUGGGUGGAGAAUUUGGGGGCUUUGCCCUUUUUGGGUUCUAGUGGGGCUUUGGGUUCUGCUGCUCAUCGUGGGCUUCGCCGCCUUCGCCUGCACAGUCAAGGAAGUCCUGAAGAGGAGAGUCCAGGAGUGACGUCCCGCAGGAGACCGAAUUUUACUGGGGUUUUGGGGGGAUUUUGGGGUUUUUUGGGGGGAUUCUGGGCGUUUUGCCCUGCCUGGGUUGUGGUGGGACUCGGGGAACCACCUUGGUUUGUAGAGUUCCUCCAUCUGUGGUUUGAACAUCAGAGAUCUUCAGCAAAUUUUGACUCGGUUGAGGUUUCAAUCCAAGAUGAUGGGACACUUUGGAGUGGGACUUUUGGGGUGGAAAAUUUGGGAUUUAGCCCUCCUGGGUUUUUUUGGGUUGGGAAGUCAAAAGGAUUUUUGGGGAACCACCUUGGUUUGUAGAGUUCUCCUCCAGCUGUGGUUUGAACAUCGAAGAUCUUCAGCCAAUUUUGACUCGGUUGAGUUUUCAGUCCAGGAUGAGUGGGACUUUUUGGGUAGAAAAUUUGGGAUUUUUUUGUCCUUCCUGGGUUGUUUUGGGGUUUUGGGUUCUGCUGCUCAUCAUGGCCUUCGCCCUUUUCCUUCAGUUCUUUUUUUAAAAAAAACCCAAAAUUUCUUUGGUAUCCAGGAAAUAUUUUUGUCCCCAAAUCCCAACCCCAAAAUUCCAUUGGGAAUUUUUGAGGCAAAACUCCAAAUUUGCUCCCUUUUCCUUCAAUUCUUUAAAAAAAAAAACCCCAAAAUUCCUUUGGGAUUCUGAGAGUAUUUCACCCCAAAUUCCAACUGCCAAAAUCCCAACCCCAAAAUUCCUUUGGGAAUUUUUGAGGUAAAACCCCAGAUUUGGUUCCUUUUCCUUCAAUUCUUUAAUAAAACCUCAAAAUUCUUUUGGGAUUCCAAAAAUAUUUUGCCCCAAAUCUCAAAAUCCCAAAAUUCAACCCUUCAAUUUUAUUAAAUUCUUUCAAAUCAUCAAAACCCCAUUAAAAAAAAAAAAAAAAAAAAUGUGUUGCAUUUAAACCCCAAAACUUCAAGAAUUCCAAAAUUUGUUGGGAUUCCCUGGAUUUGGAGGAAGAUUUGGGAUUCCAGGAUUUGGGAACGGAAUUUUUAAUUCCCCUUUUUUGGGGUUGAUUUGUGUUUUCCUGGGAAUUCAAUUUUUCCUCAUCUCAAAAAAUCCCAAAAAAAAAGAAAUUUCAGCCUCUCCCUCAGGAGAAAAUCUUGGAAUAAACCCUUUAAAUUCCACGUUGUCAUUCCAUGGAUUUAAAAAUUUGGGAAUUUUUCCACAGAUUCUUCCAUUUCAUAAAAAUUCCUGAAUUUUUGGGGGGAUUUUUUUCUUGGAGAUUCCUGAAUUUCCCCAGGAGUGGGAAUGGUGUAAAGUGAUUUAUUCAGAAUAAAAUUCCAUCAAAAUCGA